AUGUCAGAAUCUCAUGGACAGAGAUCGAUUUUUACAGCCGAUGGAACCACUCGUGACGGUUCACUUUUCACGACACAUGCAGGACUGAUACCUAGGGAUAUCGGACAUCGAUACACGAACGUAAAACGGCCUCGUAUAGAGAGUGGAAACUUCAAUUCUUCUGAGGUUUUCCCAUCGAGUGGAAUCGUACAACAGGCAGUGUAUCAUUCACCAAUUACAUCCACAAUCGCAGCAAGUUUACCAACACAGUCGGAGAGUACGUUUUCUAGAAGAGGUCCAUACCAAAGAGUGGCUGAUGGGUACUCAUCAACACCCAAACACAGACAUGAUGGAGUUCGAGUGGCUGCAGAACCUCGCAGUCUGGCCUUAGAGCUAGCAGCAAGUCACCCCAGUCCUCCAACCACCCCUUCCCCUCCCCCUGAAGAAGAUGAGGAAAAAGAGGAUUUUCACAAAGACCCUGCAGCAAUUCAACCAAGACUUUCAAAAGCUGCUAUGAACCAAUAUCUCACUGAUGUAGUGCAAAGGGAUGGUCAACAAACAGUUAUCAUUUUCCAUGCCAAGGUGGCACAAAAGUCAUAUGGCAAUGAAAAAAGGUUUUUCUGUCCUCCACCUUGUGUUUAUCUUGUGGGAGAAGGUUGGCAGUAUCGUAAGGCACUAAUGCCUCAAGUUCCAGAAGAAGAAGUAAUGCAUCAGCCAGUUGCAUUCAUUGGGAUUGGAAGCAAAAAUGAACAGGAAAUGCAGCAGCUUAUUAUUGAAGACAAGGGCUAUGGAGCUGCUAAAACUUUGUACAUAUCAGAUUCAGAUAAAAGAAAGCACUUUGAAUUGUCGCUGAAGUUACUAUAUCCCAAUGGUGACCAUGUUGGUACAUUCAAUUCAAAAAGAAUAAAGGUUAUCUCAAAGCCUUCUAAGAAAAAGCAGUCAUUAAAGAACGCUGAUUUAUGUAUCCAAUCAGGCUCUACAGUCGCUCUGUUUAAUCGCCUAAGAUCACAAACUGUCAGCACACGAUAUCUUCACGUCGAAAAUGGCACAUUUCAUGCAAGUAGCCAACAGUGGGGAGCGUUCACCAUCCAUUUAUUACAUGAUGAUGAAUCCGAGAGUGAAGAAUUUUCUGUCAGAGAAGGGUAUGUGCAUUAUGGCUCAACAGUCAAGCUGGUUUGCUCCGUAACAAAGAUGGCUCUUCCUAGACUGGUAAUACGAAAAGUCGACAAACAGACGGCUUUAUUAGACGCUGAUGAUCCAGUAUCACAACUUCAUAAGGUCGCCUUUUAUAUGAAAGAAACCGAGAGAAUGUACCUUUGUUUAUCCCAAGAAAGAAUUAUACAGUUUCAGGCCACGCCUUGUCCCAAAGAGCAAAAUAAGGAGAUGAUCAAUGAUGGAGCUUCUUGGACAAUAAUCAGCACAGAUAAAUCCGAGUACAGUUUUUACGAAGGAAAUGGUCCUGUGAGGUCUCCAAUCACGCCUGUCCCGAUUGUCAACAAUUUACAGCUGAAUGGCGGAGGAGAUGUGGCCAUGUUGGAGCUAACUGGAGAGCAUUUCACUGCAAACUUAAAAGUUUGGUUUGGAGAUGUUGAAGCAGAAACCAUGUACAGAUGUGGUGAGAGUCUGUUAUGUGUUGUUCCAGACAUCUCGGCCAUUCGUGGUGGAUGGCGGUUUGUCCGGCAACCCACUGAAGUCGCCGUCAGCCUCGUUCGCUCUGACGGAGUUAUCUAUCCUACAGGACUUACGUUCACCUAUACACCAGAGCCAGUGGAGAGACCUUCUUCUUCCAUAUCAGAAACGGUGUUACGAGCCGAUCUCUAAGAACAAUGAACCACACCGGGGGAAGAAAAGUCCCAGUUAUAUGAAGGGAAUUACUUGCGACUGUCCCACUAGGAGUCGGAAAGCAAACCUAGAAGAGCCAUUCAACCAACGCCUAUUCCUUCUGUUCGUCCAUUUUGAAAUUACGUUUUCAGAACGUUCAGCGACGUUGCAUUUAGCGGAACAGAUACACAACCUAUCGUACCAGAGUCACUCACGAACAAAAUUUUUAUCCCUUUAAAUAUGAAUGUAACAGUUGUAAAUACAGUCUUUUUAGUCAGCUGUGAAAGUACAUUGUAGGCACGGAGAAUUUUGCUGUAUUUCAAAGUACUGCAUAGCAAAUCGUGUCGCAUCCGAGCUAUAUUUAGGUAGGUUUUUGGCUCAAGUCAGUCAGUCGUCCUAAAACUAUCCUGAGGUCAGGAAAACUGUGCUUCGUGUAUUUUUUUUUUGACGUUCAUAAUUUAUUUUUGGAUUUAAAGUCAGAGUAAGUCAAGUUUUUGUCGUGCAUUUCAUGUGAGAGAGUACCUCAAUGAUUAGCCCCGCGUUGUUGUUCUUCAUCCGAUUCCAUCCAAUUUACGCAUGUCCAAAUUUCUGUCGCGUGACUUGACUGAUGGAAUAUUAACCAUUCAGGGUAUAACUACAAGCAGAGAAAUCUAUAGCUAAUAAAUAUAUUUACGUUUGAA